AUGUGCACACAACAUAUAAAUGAAUACACAAACACACACACAUUUUCCCAUUAUAUGACCAUUACCUAAGAGGAAAACACAUUAUGUGUUUGCAUAUGUAUUCAUGCUCUUCCUUUUAUCAUGUUAAGAACUACAUUAUCAGAACAACAUGAAUGUAAGAGUAAGCAUUUAAAUCAACUUAAAUGUUUCUACUUUGACCAACUUACUUGUGAUGUUUGAGAUAAAUCUAUAUAUUAUAGUUACAAUACAUGGUUGGUUAUGGUUGGAAUGAGGUCAAGUGAGGUGGUUGCUUAAAUAAGGUUAAGAUUUGGGGUUAAAAGUUAAAUUCAAAGACUAAAGGAGUGGUAAUUGUCUAAAUAAUGGUCCUGACAAAACCAGCAGAACAAGACUAUGUGUAUUCAUGUAUCUGCAGACCUUGAGCUCUCUGCCCUGAUACCACACAAACUGAGUGUCUAGUAUCACUGAAAAACAGCUUUUGGUGGAAACCCAGCUGUAUUGACUGAUGACAGCUUUGGUUUCAUUUUGCGUAAUGCCAAGUGCAGUGGCAGUUUAGGGUGAAUCUCACUGAACUGAUGACUUAUUGUUGUCUUCACUCCGACUGAAAUAAACCACAAGUCGGUUUGGAUUAUGUUUUAAUUUUUGACUUUUUGACAGCGUGCAUUCGUUGGUUAUCAUAGUCAGAACAGAAGUUGUGUUUUUGAGAAAAGUGGAUAUAUUCAUACUCACUCUUUAUUACUUUUUAUGACUGAUCUAUCAUAUAAUGCCUAAUCUGAUCAUGUCUACAAUUUUAAAAAGCCUGUACACAACAUUUUUUACAUCAUAAUGUUUCCUACACUGUGAAGUUGUAGUUUAAAAAGGAUUACAAUAAACAUCAUGAUAGCUAAUGUUACUAUUAGCUUGAUGUUAGUUAGCUAAUGUUAGAUAGCUUAAUGCUAACUUACUGAUUCUGUUUGUUAACUACUUAAAUUGGUGACGUUAUAUUUUACUGUUCCAUGAUUACCAAAUAAUAUAGGACAACACUUGGUACUUAUUGGAAUGGAAACAAAAAAAAGUUUAAAAGUGUAACCUGAAGAGUCUUUAGUGAGUGCUCUAAAGUUCGGCUGAAAAUAAAGUUAAAUGUAUGACUACCCGGUCAAGCGUAGCCUACAGUGUUUUUCUCUCAAUUUUAAAACAUAUUUUAUGAUAAUCGGUGUCAUAAUUCAAAGUUCUGUCUAAGAAACCAACAUGGAAGUGUUUUUAAGUUACUGAUCUGUGUAAAACACCCUUUGUUCUUCUUGUAAUGGUUUCUUUUUGUUAUUUACAUUUUCCUGUUACCUAACAAACCCUUGGUCACCUACUUAACCAAAUGAAAACACAAUGUAAGUGAAAAAUGUGCCAAUUGUAUUUACAACAAGGUUUUAUUUCCUGUAAACACUGUCAGUGUGUCACACCUGGACUUCCCUGACAGGUCAUUAACAAUCUGAGACAGGUUAGUCAUCUGCAUGGAUGACUGUAUGGUUAUUAGCUAAUAGCUAUAAUUCCUCAGAAGCAUAUGACUGACAUUUAGGCCAGUUAUCUGGAAUCAUCUGAGCCAACCACAAAACAAUGAGCUCUUGCAGUCAUGAUAAGUUUCAACAACCUGUUGACGGAAAAAUCCAGUGGAAUAAAUAUCCAGAUUCCUUCCUGCACAUGUGGUGUUGUGAUUAAUGGUUUGAUACGGCGGCAGGACGUCCUGGAGGAAGUAAAAGAAAGAAGGGGGAGGGUAAACACAGCAGCUAUACAGAGACUGUCAGUUUUAUAAAGUCAGAAAAGUCCUACGCUACUACUAAAGGUUACAGAGCCUGUCAGGGGAAAUUACAUUCCUUGUGUCCUUGAACGCAGCUAAACAGACUCACAAGGGAGAAAAUGAUAAACAUGAAGUUAUUUAUAGCAACAGAUAAAGAAGGGGAAACAUUUAACUUGAUAUAAUUAAACCAACUUGAAACUUGUUUGAAUUGUAAGUGAGAUAAGACUGAGAAAAUAAAGGAAUGUGGAAGGAGGAGAUCCAAAAAGCCGUGAUGUCAGGCCGUCCCACUGCUAUUCAGUAGAAAUGCAGCACAACAGAGUCGAGCCUGCAUACCAUUGCUGCUGCUGACGACUGCUCUGAUCCCACACAAACACACACACACACACACACACACACACAAAGGCACACGUCACACACACAUCAUAGCACACUCGGAGAGGAGCUGAAACUCAGAGCGGUGCCUGGAGAUGCGACCGGCUGGCAGCCACUGAAGCUCCGUCGACACACUGCACCUUCACCUCCAGAGAGGCCGACACACACUCCUACAGCACAGAGGAAGAGAACCUGACAAAGGACACUACAGUGACCUCCAGCAGUUAGACCGCACCUGAUCCCACAUCCUUCAAAGAAAAGGGAACCCGACUCUGGAACAGGAAAAAGCAGCGAUCAGACCCCACCGCUGAAACACGACCCACUGUUCAGAGAGACAGAGGGGCUGACAGCCGUCUCUGACACCCGGGAGAAGAGGCAUCAUGCUGGCCAAAAUCCUUGAGGACAUGUGGGUGGAGCCCGAGGUGCUGGAGGCCCUCAGCGAGGAGCAGAAGAGGAUCCUCUUCUUGAAGAUGAGAGAAGAGCAGGUACGCCGCUGGAUGGAGCGAGACGAGAAGGAGGAGAAGGAAGGAAGAGACAACAAGAGGCCAAAGAAAGCUUUCAACAAACAUGUGAAGUGGCUACUGGGUCGGGAUGGAGAGGUGAGCGUCAGAGUGAUCGGAGAGGUGGACGAGCUCAGAUCCUCCAAACUCCUGCAGAGCCUCAUGAACACCAGAGUCCACGCUGAUGAUGUGAGUGGCGUCCAGGCGCUGGACUUGCAGCCAGGAAGAGAGGCCCAGCAGCAGCUCCACGUUAAAGAGGCCAUCCAGCUGUCCCUCGCUGAUGAUGACCCCGCUUCAACUCAUGACCGGUGGUCUGAGGAGGACUCCUGCAGUGCUGAUGAUGACCUGAAAGACCCCGCCGGGGACAGCGACAGCGAAUCAGGGGGAGACUGGGCUCCUCUCUACAGGCCCCAUUUUAGUAGCCAUGGCAACCGGCCACUGCUCAAAGCCCAGCUGUCAGACACAGAGAGGGCCGGCACGCAGGACACAGAGAUUGUGUGUAGUGAAGAGAAGAAUUCAGACUCUGGAGGCCGUGUGGCGCAGCUCAGGAGGGCGUUCACAGACAAUUCCCGCAGCACACCUGCCUCCAACAAACCUCCUAUACCUGCCAAACCUGCUCACCUGCAGCAAAGAAGCACUCCCUUGGUCCAUUAAGAGUGAAGGUGUGCCUAGCCUGCUAAGAGAAGACACUGAGUGACCCCACAGAGGCAGAGCCUGCUGUGUCACAAGCUCUGUGCAGAGAAUAAUGGCUCAGCUAGACACUGGUGAUCCGGGAUGUUGCCACAAACACUGGAAGAAAAAGGAUCCUUACUUGAACCUUAGCAGUGGACUGAGAUACACUUGCCUACCUGCAGACAGAGGACCGUCUAGAGGGGUGGAUCGACGAAAAAGACUUGAAAGCUUUUCAACCAAAGUCAACAUGAAUGAGAAAAACGGAUCCACUUUGAUGUUGCCCAGUUCAAAUAUGCUCAUAGUUUGUGUGAGUGACAGGCAGACGCAGACAGAAAUGUCCAGAGACGCUCAGACUCUCCACUACAGGUGCACAGACACCAUGGUGCAUGUGUUAAAUGAGUGCUAAUGAAGUCAUAAGCAGAGGUUAUUGGGAGCGGAAACAUGUAUUUGAUAAAAAAUCAUAUAUGCAGGUCCUUCUGUAUUGUUCAAAAGCUUUAAACUGUUUUAAAUGUAGCCCAUGUAACUGAUUUAACAACACUGACUUUCAUAUAUUCAUACAGUAUAUCAAUGCUUCAGGUUUUUACGGAAUAAAAUAAAAGGACUGAAUUCAUGUUAAAAUAAACACACUGUUACUAGUGCCUUUAUCUCA